UCCAAGAGCCUCUUCCUGUAGCGGAUUCCCGGUGGGUUCUCCCCUAGAGGUGCUGCGCCGGCGUCUGACCACCUAGUCUGGCCUGCCAAGUCUUGCUUUCGGUCUCGGACUACGAAGCACAGGUCCAGCCCGCGCUGCGUACGGCAGGACUGCUGGGAGCGGGCAAAAUGUGCUGUGAGAAGUGGAGUCACGUGGCCGAAAUGUUCUUCUACGUUGAAGGCCAGGAGGAGGAUUGCAGAAUUCAUUGUCUCUGCUCCCGGGCGUUUGUGGAGGAUCGAAAAUUGUGCAAGUUGGGAUUGAAAGGCUUCUAUGUCAGAGGCAAUAGCAACAAUACAGGAGACCAAGCUAUAGAAGAGGAAGAUGGCUAUUCGUGUGACACUGCAGAGUCUGUUGAAAACAAAGGCGUAGACCUGGAUGAAAGUGAGCUUGAUUCUGAGGCUGAACUCAUGAGAAGCAUGGGAUUGCCACUUCAGUUUGGUAGGGUAUCUGAACAUCACAAUUUUGAGGUAUCCAUGAAUACUAGAAAUAAAGUUAAAGUGAAAAAGAAAAAGACAAAACAUCAGAAGAAGUACUUAGAUGAAAUCAUGCGGGAGUCUUGGAGAACAGAGUAUGAAGACGAUGACCUUUUGCUUUCAGACGAUCCGUCCACAGUUGAGCAGUGUGAGAGUAGCAGAACACACGGACUUCAGAGCAAAGCACACACUGAAGCAGAGCCUCUGCCUGUUGAAAACACAUCCUCCCCGAGACUGGAGGUCACAGAGGUCUGGGAAAAGUACUGGGAGCAGUAUGGAGCGGGGCUGCUGUGGCAGAGCUGGCAGGAGAAGCAUGCGGGCCAGACACCGUGUGCUACACCUUGGGACUCCGCUGACACGAAGGAGGAGUGGGAGCAGCACUACAGUCAGCUGUACUGGUUUUACCUGGAGCAGUUUCAGUACUGGGAAGCACAGGGCUGGACUUUCGAUGCCUCACAAAGCUGUGACACAGACACCUGUGUGGCUAAAACAGGCCUUGACGACAGGAGAAAUGAAGAUAGCACAGAAACGGACUCAGCGUCUUUUCCACCUUUACCUGAUACAGUUGACAAAGAAGCUUCUUGUCCAAGUGAUCACAAUGAAAUACUUGAUGGAAUUAGCAAUAUAACUCUGAGUUUGGAGGAAGUAGAACAGAGCCGGUUAGAUUUAGUAAGCUGUGCCGGGCAGCAGAGUGAAGCUAACAGAGGGAAGGUAUGCCCUGCUUCUGGCCAGAGCGAGCCAUGUAACAGAGGAGCCAAGGAAAGCAACGUAGCCGGGACUAGGAGCACAGACCACCCAGCCCAAGGGUUGCAAGCCUCUUCAGGAGCAAACAGGAGCAAAGGUAAACCACACACCAACCAGACUGAUGGAGAUGAGAGUGAAGAAGAUCCACCGGAGCAUAAGCCCAGCAAGUUCAAAAGGAGCCAUGAACUGGACGUCGAUGAAAAUAUGGAUUCAGACCUUGAUGACAGUGGUACCCUUCUGGGAUUCAAGCAUGGCUCAGGACAAAAAUAUGGUGGAAUCCAAAAUUUCAGCCAUCGCCAGGUCAGGUAUCUAGAGAAGAAUGUGAAACGUAAAUCAAAAUAUCUGGACAUGCGCAGACAAAUAAAGCUGAAAAACAAACACAUCUUCUUUACUGAAGAAUCAGAAAAACCAGUUUUCAAGAGCAGCAAGGCUCUGAGUAAGGUAGAGAAAUUUCUAAAAUGGAUUAGUGAACCAGCGGAGGAGGAAGCCUCACAGGAGUUGUUUCCUCACAACGGUAUACAGGACAGUUGCUCCAGCAGCGAUUCAGAGAAACAGGACACAUCUGUUACGAAGCCUGACGACCUAAUGGAAAGCAGAAGUCCAGAAGCCGUGAAGUGUCAGGCCAGCUCUUCAGCCAGUGAGCCGGAAACAGAAAAGAGUGAACAGGACAGCCCAGUAGCAGCUGUUCCAGAGAAGCAGGACUGUGCUGCUCAGGAAACCCCAGACUUUCCCCAGGUAGAAGCUAAAGCUGAAAUUAAAAAGAAGAAAAAGAAAAAAAAUAAGAACAGAAAGAUAUGUAGCAUACCUCCUGAAAUAGCUGCCGUUCCUGAGCUGAUGAAAUACUGGGCCCAGAGAUACAGGCUGUUUUCCCGAUUUGAUGAUGGGAUUAAGUUAGAUAGAGAGGGCUGGUUUUCGGUCACACCUGAAAAGAUUGCUGAGCACAUUGCUGGUCGCGUCAGUCAGUGUUUCAAGUGUGACAUCGUGGUGGACGCGUUCUGUGGAGUCGGAGGAAAUACCAUUCAGUUUGCCUUAACAGGAAAAAGAGUGAUUGCCAUUGAUAUCGACCCUGUUAAGAUUGAUCUUGCUCGAAAUAAUGCAGAAGUUUAUGGGAUAGCAGAUAAGAUAGAGUUCAUCUGUGGAGAUUUCCUGCAGCUGGCUCCCACUUUGAAGGCUGAUGUUGUCUUCCUCAGCCCACCGUGGGGAGGGCCAGAUUAUGCUACUGCGGAGACCUUCGACAUUAGGACAAUGAUGUGUCCUGAUGGCUUUGAAAUUUUCAGACUUUCUCAGAAGAUCACUAAUAAUAUUGUUUAUUUUCUGCCAAGAAAUGCUGAUACUGACCAGGUGGCAUCCUUAGCUGGGCCCGGGGGGCAAGUGGAAAUAGAACAGAAUUUUCUUAACAAUAAACUGAAGACAAUCACGGCUUAUUUUGGCGACCUGAUUCGAAAACCAGCCUCUGAAAGCUGUGAGGCCACAUAGAGGCAAAAAGAUCAUGUAGUGAUGAGAACCGAUCACAGGAGACACUGAGAAUGUCUUCUGUGGUCACUGACACUUUGUGUACAUGCUCUUCCAGCAUCACAGGAUAGGAAACUCACAUGAGUUUGAUGAGCAUUAUUGAUGAAGUGCUUUGAGAUCUUUCAGUUACAUUAAUGAAGUACUAUGUGUUGUACAUUAGGGUAGUAGGUGUCACAUGGACAGGACGGAUGCUCCUGUACUUAAUUCUACCAUAUGUCUUUAUGUGUGUAUUUCUACAUUUCUGUAUUUUAUCUUCUUUGUGUGUAUAUGCAUACAUGUAUAGAUAUGUAUGUUCAUGUAAAAAUAAUUAUUUUAUAUGGAAAAAUACAAAGAAAUGAAUGUAUGUAAUUUACCUACCUAUCUAACUUCUGUUGAAAUAAUGUUAUACAAGUAAUGUUGAAAAUGUGUAGUUUAAUCCUAGAACAAUACAGAAUGAUACAGAUAGAAAAAUAAAUUUCACACCCCCUUCUCUACCCUUUAUUCAUAUACCUAAAAGUAAUCACAGCUGUUAGGAUACAAAGGAAUUGUAGUGCCAGUGACCCUGACAUGCUGUUUUCCUCAUUAGUGCACUAUUUAAUACUGUGCUACCUUUUUUUACGUAAUAUAAUUUUUUAUGAGUGUAUCUUGAAGACCUUUCCAUAUUAGUCCAUACAUAGAGACCUACCUCAUUCCUUAAAAGGUUUUCUUGUGUGCUGCUUUCUGGAUAUACCAUAAUUAAAUUAGUUGUCCAUUGGUGAUCACUUAGGUUGCUUUUAGGUUUUUGCAUUUGUCAACUGUUCUGCACUGUACUUUAAUAUAUAUAGUUAGACACUAUUGGGUAAGUGUCUAGCAGUUUAUGUUGCUAGGGUUUGUUUCCAUUUUGUUGUAGUCUAGUGAUUCAUCUCCAGAGUGCUGAGAUUGCAAACAUGCACAGUCACACCCGGAAGUCUGUACAUUUUAACUCUGAUAGACACAGUCAGAUUGCCUGAGUAGAAUUGGACUCACUUUUAGCCUUUUGGAAAGCUUUGUUGUUUUCAUGUCUCUGGAACUUGCCUUUGAACAUCCUUUUAUAAAAUUAAUGUUUUUGAGAUUUCCAUUGCAAAUUCAAUGUCAAAUAUAUUUUGUCAUGUAAAAGUUUAUAUAUUUUUUAUUAAAAUGGCAAAGAAAAGAGAA